AUGUACACGCACCCCGCCAGCGGCGGCGGCUCCUCCUCGGAGCUAAAUGGCAGCCAGCCAACGCCCCCGCCUGGCCGCUGGUCGUCUCGCUCCUCCCGGAUCUCCGCGUUGGCCCUCACCCAGCACCUGUCAGACGAGCGGCAGUUCAUUAUGUCCGAGAUGGCGCAUCUAGUGGGCUGGUCGGGGCCUCUCGAGGAGACGCAGGCGCGGAAACUCCGCUCGCUGGACGACAUGGUGACAGCGUACUACAGCCGCCGUGCCGCCUCCGCCAACGCGUCCCCGGGCCGGCAACGCGACAGCUCUCCGACCCCGCUUCCACAUGACGCGCCUUCUCCUGGACCGGAAGGCAACCCGGCGUCCACGGAUGAGAAGGGCGGUCUGCAGCGUGUUCCAUCGGCAGCGCGGGCCGUGAAUGAACUCGACGACCACACCGUCUUCCAGAUGAUUGUCGAAAUCAUGGACGAGCGGGAUGUGGUGCGCAACAGGAGCAGCAGCUCGUCCCACCAUGGCGAUGCCGACUCGAUGGGAGGGCCUCCCGGCAUGGUCACCGACGAGUCGUGGGAUGCAUCACCGUCUGAAGAGGAGACAGGAGUGCCGUACUGCAUGCCGCCGAGACCGCCUAUGCCGCCGCCCGCGCCCGCACCGCCGGUUUCGGUCGAAGCUCUGCAGCCUGGCGGCGAGGGCGUGAUACGCAGCAGGCCGCUGGCCGUAGAGAAGAUGGGCGGCCCGGUGCCGGUGCCGGUCCCGAAGCAGCGGGAGCGCCUCUUGCACCAGCACCAGCGCAUAAUGCAGCAGCGCCGGAUGGCAGAGGCUGCGGCAAGGGCGCUGGUCCCCGCCAGCGAGAACGAGAUGUUCACAGAGCCACCUAUGCUCACCCCUCCGCCAAAUGGGACCGGGCGCCAGCGGUACAAGUGCAAACGGUGCGGCGCGCCGAAAAAGGGGCACAAGUGCACCGCGGUCGAGUUCGACUUCCAAACGGGACAGCCAUUGCUUCCGAAGAAGGACUGGAGCAGGGAGGAGGAUGAGCUGAUUGUGCGCGAGGUGGUGUCGAAUGGUGGCCGUUGGCGCAACAUCGCCAAGCAGCUGUCGGGCCGAACCGACGACGCCGUGCGCAAUCGAUGGAAUCGCCUCAACUCGCUCAUGGGCGGCGAAACACCCAAGGCCAAGCCAGCGAGGUCGUCGUCGAGCAAGGCGAAGGCCGUCGUGAGAAGCGUCAAGCGUGUGAAGCAUGAGAGCAAGUCUGGUUUACUUAGAACUUAG